AUGAGUCUACCUUCUAGUAAAGACUCAAAUGGCUUGCUAUGUAUGGAUUCCUCAGAAGGACGUGGCAACGAGAACAUUGCUGCUAUCUAUGGAAUACAUCUAAAACAUAAGAUGUCUGAAACGAACCUGAGGUCGAGGCGGAUAAUGGGUCUCGAAGGUGUCAGCAUUACAAAGAAGACCCUUUUGCAAAAGGCUAAAUCCGAAAAGCUGGGCCGGGAGAGCUUACGCCGAAUAGAAACUGGAAACUCAAAAGAUUCUUGGUCUUGCGGACGGAGUUCCCUCACGAAAGAGGAAAUGCCUCAACCGCGAUUCAACCUUAAUAGGGACGGUUGA